CCCGUAACGUCCGUCCGUCCGUGCGGAUCGCACUCUUGACGUCGCGUAGAGAGCAGCGAUAAAGAUAAAAAGCGGCUGCCGAGGUGUGUGCCCGCGUGAAGAGGAACACGGCCCUCUUCUCAGUUCUCUCCCGCACGCGUGUACGCGUGUGAGCUCGCCGUGAGAAAAAUCUAAUCCGUGGACCCGAGGAAUUCAUUGGGAUUCAUCAGCGGGGGUCCGCACCGGUCGCCCGCGCGACCCCCCUGGGGGGAGGGCUCCGUUGACUCCUGGAUCAUCUUCUCUACCUGCGCUCCGAAUACGGAAACGGGCGAUCCCUCCUCCCUCCCCCGGCUCUCCCCCACCCCCCAGCGAAUGACACAUCUCGGUGGAACGAACCGAAAUCGUAAACCGAGGAUAGCAAGAAUGUCUGUGCCACCUCCGCCACCGCCUCCACAGGCUGGCGCUUCUGCUGGCCCACCGAUGGGCGAUAAUAGAGGUUUAUUACUACAAUCUAUAAGAGCAGGCAAAACUCUGAAGAAGACUGUUACUGUGGAUAAGAGCGCACCUGCAAUCGCUGGGAGAAUAAAAGGCGAAUCAUCGAGCUCUUCGUUAAGCAAUAAUAGUAGAACUAAUAGUUCUAAUGCAAUCAGCAGCAGCAGUUCUAAUUCUAGUAAUGGUGGGCCCAUGUCGCUCGGCGGUUUAUUCGCGGGUGGUAUGCCAAAAUUAAAACCUACAGGACUGAGAGGACACAUGUCCGAGAAAGAGAGACAAAGUGUAAAUAAUUCUAAUUUUCUUCACUCGUCACCCGGGUCGUCCCACAGUGUAAAACGCGGCCCGCCACCAGUUCCGCCACCAGCCGCGCAGAAACCGCAGUUAUUCAGUCAGGGGCAAAGCAGCACUGAUUCCGGGAUGAGCACUCCGGAGAUCACGCCCAGAGGAUUCGGGAAAUCAACCAUUGUGCCUAAACCAGCGUCGUCUGCCACCUUGCACAAACCAUCGCCGCCGCCUAAAAAGCUGAAUUUAACGAGUAGCGCGAGCGUGGCGAGAGCACAAAGCAUGCGAUUACCGCGAUCGCCACCGGUUCUGGUGCCAACAACACCGUCUUCUCUGCACCAGUCACAAGAUUAUUUGAAUGAAGCCACCACGCCACAGCCCAUGAGACCUGCGAAUCGAAUUCUCAGGCCUCCCGUGACGAGGCCACCGUCACCGCCGAUCUCGCGAACGAUCGUGCCUAUGAUGAGACCACCAUCGCCGCCAGCACCACCGGCUUCGCGGUCGCAUACGUUGCCCGUGACAGCCAUGAGAGCGGCGCCGCCGCCACCGUCGAGGAUCACGGUGACCGCGCCAUGUAUACCGCCACCACCACCACCGCUUCCUCAUCGUCCCGCACCCACACAUCAGAGACUGGCACCGCCGCCGCCACCGCCACCGACGCCUCCUACCAGAAGUCUAUCGGUUCGCAACGGCGGCGCUCAAGCUGGUUCUGUCGACCUGGAAACGCGAUUUGCUGAUAUGUUUCAUACCGUGUCGAGUUUUCCUGAAUACGUGCAUGUUGCCAAAAUUCGUUCGAAAAGUAAUCAUAACAUUUCAAAAAUUACAGCAGCAAAACAACAAGCACCAGCUCCUCCACUUCAACCGUCUUCUACUUCUAGCACACUGCAUUCGUUAAAUACUUCGUCUGGGAGUAAACAGUGGCAACAUAAUGCGACUUCUUUGGCAUAUUAAAAUCUGUGCAUACUUAAAUCAUUGCUUCGUGCAUUGAUUAUUGUUUAAACACUUCUUAAUGCUGCCACAAUAAAAUUAAGUGAGCGUGAAAAGGUGUGAAUCGGCAGAGUAUAAAAAGUUUGAGAGAAAGAGAUUCCGAAUUCGCGAACCCAGUUAUACAAUAAAACGUUUUAGACAAUA